AUGCCAAAAGGCCAAGAAGAAAUUCAAGAGGAAAAUUUAAGAAAUUUAAUUUUCACAACAGCAUUGACUUGUGACAGUGAGGACAAGAAGUAUGAAGAAGUCGGGUCUCUGGAUAACUUUAUGAAGGCCUUGGAUCCAAUCAUUGAGAACUACAAUAGCACUCAAGAAACAAAACGAAACAUUGUUUUAUUCAGGUUUGCUCUAGAGCACUUGUCACGUUUGUGCCGAGUGUUGUCUAUCAGUGGAGGCUCGUGUCUGAUGCUGGGUAUGAGAGGGUCUGGACGCCAGACUAUCACUCAGCUUGCUGCACUCCUCUGUAAGGCUGACUUUCACCAGCCUUCUGUUGUGCACAACUAUGGUUUCUCAGAGUGGAGGGAUGACUUGAAGAAAGUGCUUAUCAACGCAGGAGGCAACAAUACAAAAACUGUGUUCUUCGUCUCUGAGAACGAGCUUACCGACGAAAUGUUCUUACAGGACCUUGACAUGAUUUUAAGUACUGGACAGAUCCCAGAUAUGUUCUCAUCAUCUGAGCUGGAACGUAUAUAUGAUAUGGUUCGUCUUUCCGCCCAGGGAGGUAACCGGAACCUGGAUAUAAACCCUCUGACUGUUUUCGCCUUCUUUGUGUCUCGCUGUCGUCAAAACCUCCACAUAAUUCUGAGUCUGAGCUCCAUAUCUUACUCCUUCCGACGGUGGCUUUCUCUGUAUCCUUCUUUACUCAACCAUUGCACAGUCGAUUGGGUGGAGGACUGGCCUGAAGAAGCUUUGGAGAAGAUAGCCUUUCAUUACUGGGAUGGCCUUGAAAUUGAAGAGACUAUAUUGGGUUCAGCAGUGAAACUUAGCAAGUACAUUCAUGUCACUGCAAGGGAAACAUCAGAGAAGUUUUACUCUGUGACUGGUCGUAAAUGUUACGUCACAUCAGCUUCAUACCUCAUGAUGGUGAAGAAGUACAGACAUUUGAUUACACAAAAACAAGAGGAGAUUGUACAUUCUAAAGCUCAGUUUAUUACUGGGCUUGAAAAACUGGAAUUUGCGUCCAAACAAGUAUCAGUAAUGCAGAAAGAGUUGGAAGCACUUCAGCCACAGUUGCAAGUGGCUGCGGCGGAGACGGAGAAGAUGAUGGAAGUGAUUGAGCGAGAGACUGUGAUCAUUGAGCAGGCCUCGGGUCUUGUCAGGGAGGACGAGAAAGUGGCUAAGAUACAAGCUGCUGCAGCCAACAAUCUUAAGAUAGAGUGUGAGGCUGACUUGGCUUUGGCCAUCCCCAUUUUAGAGGAGGCUGUUGCUGCCCUCAACACACUCAAGCCAACGGACAUCACUUUAGUCAAGUCUAUGAAGAAUCCUCCAGAUACCGUCAAGCUUGUCAUGGCUGCAGUUUGUGUGAUGAAGGACAUCAAACCUGAGAAAAUCCCUGACCCCAACACUCCUGGUAGAAAGAUCCUGGACUAUUGGGGCCCAAGCAAGAGACUUUUGGGAGAUAUGGCUUUCCUACAGCAACUGAAAGACUAUGACAAAGACAACAUAUCCCCUCCUAUCAUGGCUAUGAUUCGCAAGCAGUACUUGCCUAACAAAGACUUCAAGCCACUCAUUGUUGCCAAGGCUUCAAGUGCUGCUGAAGGCUUGUGCAAGUGGGUUAUUGCCAUGGACAUGUAUGACGCUGUUGCUAAGGAAGUAGCUCCUAAAAAAGCAAAACUAGAGAUUGCUGAGCGAGAAUUUGCAGCCACAAUGGCUAUUUUGGAAGAGAAAAGAGCCCAAGUGAGAAUGCUCGAGGAAAAGCUUAUGGAUCUGAAUGCUAAACUCGAUGCAGCUCAGCAGCGGAAGAAGGUAUUGGAAGAUGAAGUAGGAAUGUGUGAAAACAAACUGUGGAAGGCUCAAAAAUUAAUAGGUGGUUUAGGGGGUGAGAAAGGUCGCUGGAUGGAAACUGCUAACUCUCUACAAACAUGUUUUGACAAUUUGGCUGGUGACAUUUUACUAUCCUGUGGAGUUAUUGCUUACCUUGCACCUCUAACAUUUCAGUUCAGGCAAAGCUUGUUGCAUGAUUGGUGCAAGAUCUGCUGUGAUUUAGAAAUUCCAAAGUCAGAGACUUUCUCUUUCGUCAAAGUUCUAGGGUUUGAUAUAAAUAUACAAAAUUGGAACAUAUUUGGACUUCCAAGAGAUGAAUUCUCAAUUGAAAAUGCUGUUAUACUGGAAAACACAGUGAGAUGUCCUCUUCUCAUUGAUCCCCAAGGGCAUGCUAAUCGGUGGAUUAAAGCUAAGGAAAAAUCCAACAAACUUCAAGUAAUAAGACUGUCGGACGAGGAUUAUAUGAAAACUGUCGAAACGUGCAUGGUUGUUGGAAACCCUGUGUUGCUUGAAAAUGUAGAAGAAGAUCUAAAUGCCAUUUUAUUAAGUCCACUUUUUGUUAGACGUACUAUAGACCCUGAUGGAAAGAAACUCCCCUGCAUAUACAUCACUACAAGACUCCAGAACCCAACUUUUACCCCGACUGUGUUUAACUUCUUCUCAGUCAUUAACUUUACUUUAACUCUUAAUGGAUUGGAAGACAAACUACUUGACAUCGUAAUUGCAAAAGAAAGGCCUGAUCUUCAAGAUAAGAAACAGGCAAUGAUGAUUUCUAGUUCUAAAAACAAAACUAAGUUACAACAAGUCGAGAGUAAGAUCUUGGAUACAUUAUCGUACACUAAAGGAAAUAUUUUGGAAAAUGAGGCUGCCAUUGAGAUUCUUGAUACAGCCAAGUCUUUAUCAGUAGAAAUCCAGGAUAAACAGAAGCUUGCCAAGAUAAUCGAGGAGGAGAUCCAUUCUUACUGUCAACUUUACUACGCUGUUGUUGAACACUCAGCCAGACUCUACUUCUGUCUAACUAACCUCAGCAACAUUAACUUCAUGUAUCAAUUUUCUCUUGAUUGGUUUCUCAAAACGUAUAUCACAUCUAUUGAUACUGCCAACAAGUCCCAAAUAAUGGAAGUAAGGCUGCAAUACCUUCAAAAUCGAAUUACUUACAACCUUUAUAGAAAUGUGUGUUGUUCUCUCUUUGAAAAACACAGAAUCCUGUUUUGCCUUCUACUCUGUUCCAACAUAGAAUUAGCCAAAAAAACUAUACUUGAAGAAGACUUAAAUUUUUUUAUUGGUGUAAAAAUAGAAAGUGAAGGAUUUAAAGGUGAAACUAACAGUCCUGUGGAGUGGAUCACGGAUAUCAAAUGGAAACAAAUAGUUCAGCUCGACCAGCUAUCCUCAUAUUCAGGUUUUGCAGAAAGUUUAGCUAGCAACCAUGAAAAGUGGGAAGUCCUACAGAACUCUGACAAACUGGAUUUUCCAGAUCCAUGGAACAGUCAACUGUCUGAAUUUCAGAAACUGAACAUUAUAAAGGUUAUCUAUCCUGAUAAGGUAAGGGAUAGCAUAGAACAGUAUGUAGAGGGCUGUAUGGGGAAGCAGUAUACUUUGCCCUUUACCCUGGAUCUGACCUCUUCUUUUGAGGACUCCAACUGUCUCACCCCUCUACUGUUUAUCAUGGGUCCCGGGUCUGACCCUGCACCAGCUGUGCGUCAAUUUGCUAAAAAGAAACUCUUCCAAAACAGACUUCACACAAUUUCUCUGGGAGUAGAUCAGGGUGAGGCAGCUAGCAGACUGAUAUCCAGGAGUAGAGAAGAAGGCAGUUGGGUGUUGCUACAGAAUUGUCACUUGGCUCCAGACUACAUGCCUCACUUGGAACGUGUCUGUGACAACCUCACUCUGCUCAAUACCAGCAUGGAGUUUAGACUUUGGCUUACUUCAGCACCAUCCACUCAGUUCCCAGUGUCUAUAUUGCAAAGCAGUGUUAAAAUCACCACAGAUUUGCCUCCUGGGCUGAAGCGAAGACUUUUACUCAGUUUCCAGUCUGAACCUAUAAUUAUUGAAGAUUUCUUUUAUGGAUGUCCUGGUAAAGAUCGUGCAUUUGCUAAACUUUUGUAUUCCCUUUGCUUCCUCCAUGCGUCAGUGCAAGAGAGACAAAAGUAUGGCCAUUUGGGUUGGAACAUACUGUACAAGUUUUGUGACACAGACUUUAAUAUGUCUCUUCAACAGUUGCAGGUUUACUCACAGCACCCUGCCGCCGAGCGUCCACAAGUUCUUGGCGCCGUACUUCGACACGACUCUUCGAUACACCUGCAGUCGACAAUUCGUCAUAUCUUCUCUGGUAGUGAUGCCAGUCCCUUUUAA